GCUUAAACUAGCCCACUUCAUUACUAGAUAGAGUCUCACUCUAAAAAUCAUUUUCUUCUAAAAACCUAGGGUUCCAUCAUCACCAUCAGAAGAUCAACAAUGGCGAAAAAUCAUCUGAAUCGUAUUUUCUCAUCACUGAUCAAACCAAACCUAGGGUUUAAUCAAUCCAUCAUCAAUUCCGUCUCAACAAACGGAGGAAUUUCUGCUUCAAUAAUCAAACAACAAGAUCUGAUUAAACCCAUUUCAGGGUUUCUUCAUCAAAGAGGAUUUUCAACCAGUAAUGUCCCAAACAAACAAGGAGGAGGAGGAGAAGAUAAUAAUGUACGAGCAGUGAUUGUAACAUGGGCAAGGGCUACAACAAUCAUACCAUGUAUGGUUGGAAUGACAGUGGCUAUUCAUAACGGUAAAGAUCAUAUAAUUAGGUCUAUUAAUGAAAGAAUGGUUGGUCAUAAAUUGGGGGAAUUUGCACCAACAAGAACUUUUCAUGGGCAUACUAUCAAAGGUGGGAAUGAGAAAGGGAAGAAAGGUGGUGGUGGUGGUGAUAAAGGAGGGGGGAAAGGGAAAGGUGGGAGACUUCAGAGGCCGAAGAAGACAUUGAAAGAGUUGUUGAUGAAGAGGAAGAAUGUCAAAUUGCUGGGUUUAAGAGCGUUCUUGAAGAGUAAAGGUGAGAUUGAGAAGAAGGGAACCAGAUGGGGGACUUGAUGAGAGGUCAAUUUCAGCUAGUGAGUGGCUCAGUUUCAAUUUCAAUUUCAGGUUCACAUUUUUAUGUUUUGUUUUGAUUUUUAAGUAGUGUUGUUAGCUUGGAUCAAAUUAGGGGUUUGUUCUGAUAAGAAUUUGUAGCUCUUUUGUGAUUUUGAGGGUAUAAAAUUUGUAGUUUUUAUUUCAAUGACAAAUGAAGAAGGAUUCGAGUUUGUGGAAACUUGUUUUGGUUGCUUAAUUUAUGAAAUUUAACUUAUAAGAUGUUACUAUGAA